AUGGCUGCGUUAACUGGGUCUGCGAAGAGCACGUGGGCUUCGUUUUUGAAGAGCAUUGCGAGCUUCAAUGGCGAUUUGGCAUCUAUGACCGCUCCCCCGUUCAUUCUGAGUAAAACGAGCUUGGUCGAGUACAGCGCAUAUUGGACGGAACACCCAAAGCUCUUUGUCGCGCCGGCUAAAGAGCAGGAUCCGGAAAAACGGGCGCUGCUUGUGUUGAAGUGGUUCUUGUCGACGUUGAAGCAACAGUAUAGUUCCAGAAGUGAGAAGCUUGGAUCCGAGAAGAAACCGCUAAAUCCCUUCCUUGGAGAGCUCUUCCUUGGACACUGGGAGGACGAGGAAGUUGGAAGAACGGAAUUGAUCUCUGAACAAGUCAGCCAUCAUCCACCUGUUACGGCUUAUUCGAUAUUCAACGAGAAGCAUGGGGUUAAGCUACAAGGUUACAAUGGACAAAAGGCUGGGUUUGCGUCGAUGACCAUCAAUGUGAAGCAAGUUGGUAUUGCAAGAUUGAGGCUUGAAAAAUGGGAUGAGGAGUAUUUGAUUACUCUUCCGGCGUUACAUAUUGAAGGACUUGUUUACGGGUCACCUUUUGUGGAAUUAGAGAAGUCGACGAUUAUUCAGUCGAGUUCUGGAUUCUUUGCGAAGAUUGAUUAUGCUGGAAAGGGAUGGGUUGGAGGCAAGUCGAAUUCGGUCUCUGCGGAGCUGUAUGACAAUAAGACUGGAAAGUUGCUUUAUACUAUCUCCGGGCAGUGGACGAAGGAAUUGGUCGUCAAGAAGGCGAAGACUGAGAUUGAGCGGUUUGAGCACGGAGAAAAGAAUCCCACAACAGGGUUGGCGAUCAAGCCUAUCGGAGAGCAAGAUCCCUUGGAAAGUAGACGCGCUUGGGCGAAGGUUGGAGCGGCGAUUGACAAGGGAGAUUACGACGAGACCGGUAUCGAAAAGUCCAAGAUUGAAAACGCACAGCGAGAUCUCAGGAAGAAGGAGAAAGAGGAAGGCACCACAUGGGAGAGGAGAUACUUUACCGCAGUCGACAAGAUAGAUGAGGUUGAUGCGCUUGUCGAGCGAGCCGGGAAGUUCAUGAAGGGGGUGUUGGGACUUACACCAAUUUCUAUGGAUGAACCGGCGAAGACCAAUGGAGUUUGGGUGUUUGAUACAAAGAAGUAUGAGGAUGUAGUGAGUGGACGGAAGGCGGAGGAGGUUAGGAGGGCUGGAGAGACUGUUUUGGAGGCUACGGAACAUGCGACUGGGACUGUAGAGGCACAACCUUUGGUUGAUCGCGAGUAA